AUGAGUGAAACAAAAAUUACUGAAUACAAGCUGCUUGAGCGGCUCGGUAGCGGAACGUACGCAAUCGUGUACCGAGCCAUGAAAAAGACUACGAACGAGAUUCUAGCGGUGAAGGUGAUGGCAAAAAGUAAACUCUCACAUUCGGCUAUGGAUAAUAUAAUUAGUGAAAUAAGCUUGCUGAAGAGGCUAAAGCACCGGCACAUAGUUGAAAUGCGUGACUUUCUCUGGGACGAUGAAAACAUUUACAUACUGAUGGAGUACUGCAAUGCCGGCAACCUGUCGUCGUACAUCAAGCAGAAUCGCACGCUGGACGAAGGCACCUGUCGACGGUUCCUGCAGCAGCUGGCCCUUGCCUUGCGCUAUAUGCGCCAGAAUGAUGUGAGCCAUCUGGACCUGAAACCGGCCAACCUGCUGCUCACGAAAGAGUCUGGCACGUACACGCUGAAGGUAGGCGAUUUUGGUUUUGCCCAGAGACUGAAGCUUAACCAGGAGAACACGACCGUGAAAGGGUCUCCGUUGUACAUGGCGCCGGAAAUAUUGCUAAACACCUCCUACGGCCCGGCGGCCGACUUGUGGAGCGUGGGCGUGAUUCUGUACGAGUGUCUGUUCGGCAAGGCACCGUACAGUUCGACCAGUCUGCACGAGCUGGCCGGUCGUAUCCAUCGGAACGAUCCGAUCACCAUACCGGGUCGUCCGGCUAUUUCGUCGGAUUGCCGCCAGCUACUCACCAGCCUGCUGCAGCGUGAUCCGGCCCGCCGCAUCACGUUCGAAAAAUUUUUCGACGAUCCGUACCUUGAUCUGGCCCACAUUGCGUGUGAAGAAAAUCUGGAAAAAGCGAUUGCAUUGAUAAACCGUGCGAUCGAGAAGGAACAGCGACAGGAGCUGGGUGCUGCCUACCGUGCCUAUUGUCAGGGCCUUCAGUACUUUGUACCGAUAACGCGCGCCGAAUCUGAUCCGACCAAAAGGCAGCAUCUGAGGCAACGCGUCUUAACGUACCUGCACCGUGCGGAAACGCUCAAGCAGCACAUUUACGCCAACAGUCAGACGAUGGAGCAACAACAACAGCACCAAGCGACAACGUCACUAAAUACGAAACCACCCGAAACGAAAAAGGCCGAGCCGCCUUCCCAGGGCAUUUCAGGUGCGCGUAACGCUAGCGGAGCAGAGGCGAGCACACCAGAACCGGGGUUAGCGGAGCUGGCACGUGAUUUUGAAACCAUUGCCCAAGGGCUCAAGAUUGCGCGGGAUGCAGAUAAGGAUGCGUCCGAAGACAGGUUGGAUGUCGCACUGGACGGUUACACAACCGCACUCGGUUUGCUCAUACCGGUACUGCACCAGGACAUUGCGCCUUCGCAAAAGAAACAGCUGCGGCAACGGAUCGUACACUGGAUGGAGGAAGCUGAGCACAUAAAAUCGAUACGUUCGGCACAAAUCAUGCAGGAGAUGGAAAGCACGGAAGCGAACCAUUACGCCUGCACCGUCCAGUGA